GUAAAAAAGCGGAGAGGAAAAGAAAGCGUUUUGUAGCCAGCGUGUCUUGCAAUCCGUUGGAUUGUCGCGGACGUAUUCUAUGUGUGAAAACGAAUGUGAAACUUUUAAAUGGGGGUAUGAAUGGUUUAUGUGCAACGAUGACUGCACUUAUUUGGUUCAAUUCUCAAUUUUUUUCUCUCCCAGUAGUUUAAAUUAUCUGCACACAUUCACACUUUUAUUGAAGUUUUUGCAAUUCCAUAAGCGGCUUCAAAACAACACAUUCUUUCGUCGUUUACAUAAUAUAUAUUUAAUUAAUUUUCAUUUGGUGUGCUGGCACAAACACAAGUUAUCAUUUAUGCAUGCAAAUGAUGUAGACAAACGAAAAAUUUUGCAUGUUUUUCAAACAAACAAUUUAUUUAUUCAAAUUUGUGAAAAAGGUGCUUUUUGAAGGUGGGUAGGUAUUCUAUUGGGUAUAACUGAAUAAUACAAUUCAUAAAUUGAAUGGAAAGCACAUUUUGUCGUCGCAAAAAUACCAAGAUCAAACAUAAGGUUAACUUUAAUCUAUUGCUCCACAAUUCUGCCUGACCUAUCACGUUAAAGGAUAAUUUUAAACACUUUUUUUCUAUUUCAACACGUAAACACAAGGAGCACGAAAUUUUCAGAACAAAAAAAUUUGCCGUUUUACCGAAAUGGAAUUACGCACUUGAAAGCACAGAGAAAUCAAAUUAUCGCGAUAACCUCUGACUUCGGUCGCUUGGACGUGCGCUGAUGUUGUGGUACGUGCUAUCUCCAGUAAAGUCUUGGGCAUACUGCGAACAUGGAUGAUUUCGCGGUUUUCUCGAUGGAAAACUAGCAUACCACAAUUCAAUUGUCUUAAGUGUUUGCACAUAUAUGUAGUUGUGUAGCUCAACCACCGUACCAUUUUCCAUGUUCGCAACCCCUUUUAACGAAGCCUUGUACGUAUCAUAUACAUUACUCUAUCCGUUGUUGGCAUUACACAGAUUUCCGCAUACAGCAGCAUGUUUUUUUUUGUUCCAUUGUGUUCCUUUGUUUGAAUGCAAAUUUGCAAGAGUGUUUCAGUGAGAUUAAUUAUAAUUAUCUCGCUUUUAUGUGGCGUACCAAGUGUUGUUUUACCUAUUGUCAUGUUCUCAAGGUCGUUGCAUAUAUCAUCAUAACGUAUUUUAUACAUGGAUUCAUUUCCCUGUAGAAUAUAGCAAAUCCACUGCUCUGCACUGUUCAAAUGGUUUGCGCUUCACUGUAGCCAUUCGCUGUCAGCUUUGAACGUAUCCAUUGGAUUUUGACAACUUGUAUCGAUUUCACACAUAUUUUCAACUCUUUGAGUCAUAACAAACGUAUUUUAGCCGGAUCGUGUUCGAAACAAAAGUGAAUCGCAAAAAUGACAUCGACAAAGGAAUUGUUCAGUGAUUUAAAAGAAAAGUAUGGAAAAACCGAAGUUUUGAUCAUUGAAAAAAGUAAAUCCGAUCCACAGACCGAACCGUUUAAGUCACAUUAUAAAGCCAGAAGUAUUCUUUUGGACAUAUCGCAAACCAUUAAACAACACAUGGACGCGCCUGGCAACAAGGAUGCGACAGACGAUUUGGAGGCCUUACAGCUCAUUUUAGCUCAUAUCACCGUGGAUUUAGGAAAGAUUUAUAACUUUACGGAGGAAGUGUCAACUGGUGAAAAAUAUUUAAACGAAGCACUUGAAUUGGUCAAGGACCGUGAAACAGAGCCGGCAAUCAUUUGUGCUGCAUUGAAUGCAAUGAAUGAAAGUGGUGUGAUGUGGAUGAAUCGAGGUGAAACUGAAAAGGCCAGAGAUUUUCUCAUCAACGCCGAAACAUGCUGCAAUUCGUUUAAGGAAAAGAAAUUGGAUGCACUUUCCAUUCAUGACAUAUUCGAUGGCAAUUCGCAGAGUGAGAAUGGUCGCGGAGAGAAAUUGCUGGAGAAAAUCAAUGUAUUGACGCUGUUCUAUUUAGCUCAAGUGUUUGGUAGUCUGGGUGAUUUGGAGAAAUCUGCCAUUUAUUGCCAUACGACGCUGAAAAGGCAACUCAUUGAAGGCGAUUUUGAACCCAUCGAUUGGGCUUUAAACGCGGCAACUUUAUCACAAUAUUUUUGCACCAACGAUCGUUACCUUGAGGCACGACACCACCUGGCUGCAGCUACGCAAAUUUUGUUGGAACAUCAGAAUAAUCUGCUCAAGCCUGGCAUGACCGAUGACGAGAAGAAGGCCGCCGAGGAUAAUUUCAAUCAUCGUAUGGCAGAUGUCAAUCGUUGCUGGGUCAAGUACGCAUUAAACUUAAUGUCAGACUCUCGUGAUCGUUUACUCAGAGACGAUGAAAUAGAUAUCAAAAACUUGAAAAUAACAGAUCGUCUCACAUUCGGUUCAAAGGUGGAUGAGGCGUUUGAGAACGUCAUCACGGAUCGUUAUUUGUUAGAUGUGGACGACGCUAAGCCUGUAUUUUUAAACACAAUAAAAUGGAUUGAAAAAGCAAAAUCGUACUAUGCCAUCGAUUCAGAAGCAACGGAAUAUUCGAAAAUCGUUCAAGACCAUGCUUUGGCCUACAAGAAUUUAGCAUUCUUUGAAAGUGACCCAUCGAAUCAGGCAAAAAUGCAUAAACGACGAGUUGAUUUGCUUGAAGCGUUGCUCGAGGAACUGAACAAAGUGUUUUACAUGAAUAUUGUACGAGAAUUGCUGUACGAGCUGGGCACUGCGUACUCCAAUAUUCUUGACAUCAAAUUGGAAAUGUUUGAGCUAAGUCAGAAAGAGCCAAAUACUGUAAUCAACCCAAAUGCUCUGAAGAAAAUUAACGAACUCAUCACAAAGAGUCGCAAGAAUUUCACUGAAUUCAUCUCAACGUAUUACCAAGCAAAAACUGAAGAACUCAAAUCAGACCUUAGUAUCGACGAAAUGAUACCGAUUGCAUUUUCAUAUUUCCAAGUGGCCAGAAUCAGUUACAAGUUCAUUACGCCCGACAAGCAUUUGCAGUAUAAGAAUUUGUCAAUAUGCCUGGAAAGUUACCAAAAGUUUGUGGCGUUGUGUUCGCAAAAGGAGGAAGUCGGAGAUAAGAUGAAAGCCGAAGUUGGUGUGAGCAAGGAAAUGGUUCAAUUGCUCCCGCUCAAACUCCAACGAUUGAAGGGAGACAUCAUCGAAUCUGGAGCAAGACCAGCAAUUACCGCCUAAUUUAACUUAUUCCAAAGCACGCGCUAAUAAUCAAAUAAUUGAAACUAUUACCUACACAUUCAAUAAAUAAUUUGCUUCAGAAAAA